AUGGCUAAACAAAUCACUUUGCUCUUGCUAUCUCUGACAAUCCUAGCUUACGGUAAAGGCACUAUUCACCUACCACGCAAUCAAAUGUUAUAUUGGAGUUUUCCAGAUGAAAACUCUGUUAAAUUCGAGUACCAUUGCCCUAUGUCUUUAAUGGAAGACGACUAUGACUGGGUCGGCAUUGGCUUUAAAGAUAUAAUGGAUGGAGGUGACAUGAGAAACGCUGAUAUUGUUAUGAUAAACCUACAUGACGGCCGUAUAGACGACUACUGGUCCUUUAUGAACUCUAAGCCAGAAUCUGAUAUAAAAUUAGGAGGCCUUGAUAGUUUAGCUGAAAAAUCUGUAAACGCAGUUGAUAAAUAUAAAAUGUUUUCUUGGAGCAAGCCACUAAAUACUGGGGAUAAAUAUGACAAAAUGCUAGCGAAAAAUGCAAAAAUGAAUUUCAUUUGGGCAUAUGGAAGAAUAAACUCUCAAGGAAACCCCAAAAAGCAUUUAGAUGAGAAUAAAGGGUCAUGGGAAAUCGUUUUAUCUGAAGACUAUACUGAUGAAGAAGAAAUUUUUUUAAUUUAA